AUGUGAAAUAAAAUCUUUCUCAGAUUAUGAAACAUAUUGUGCUUCUUGUGUUCCACGAGAUAAGAAAACUAUUGUCUUUAUUAUCGAUGAUGACCAUGUCUUUGAGGUUCCGCUUAACCUGAAGUUUCUGAAUGAAAUUGUGCGUGCGCUUCAAGGCCAAAAUAUCAAACUACUUUUUGAAUCGGAAGAUUUAUGUUCGUGUGGUAACAGGAAAUACAAAAAGAAUUCGAAAUGUAAAGAGUGCCAUGAAAACUUAUUAAAGGAACUUGUGCCACUGUGUGGAUCGUGUAAAAAGAGAAAG